GGGAGCAGGAACCAGUGUGAAUGGGAAUCACUACUUCCUCGAGUACUUGAGCAACUUUGAGCUCCACGUUGGGCUUUUCCUUUGAUCAGACGUGUUAGAUUUUCCUACCUCGGAAAUACUGAACCCAACAUCAUCGUAAAAGUGGCAAAGAUAAUGGAGCGAGGAAGAACACCGAUAGAUGCCAACCUUCUCGACAGCGACCGCGAACACUGGAGUGGCGAAGUUUUUGUAGAAAACAGUUUCGGGAAUAAGGGCAAGUGGUUUACCUCUAAGAACAUCGCAGACUUGGAAGACGAGGUGUGCCCCGGGGAUAGGCUGGAGUUCGACCACUACUGGUACGCACACUGGGGUAUAUAUGUCGGGCGAUACCUCGGUGAGGAACAUGCUGUCAUCCAUUUUAGUAUGCCCACAGGAAGGUCGGCAUUUUUGAAAAGGAAGAUAUCAGGCAGUGCGUUUGCUGCCAGUCAAAAGCCAGAGAUACGAGCUGACACGAUUGGAAAGAUUCUCGGCGGUUCCGGGAAAGUGAGGAUCAACAACUCAAGAGACCACACAGUAAAGCAUCUGGAUCCCAACGACAUCAUUGGAUUAGCAAAGAAAAUGCACCGUGACAAAACGUCGAUUGAUUACCAUCUUCUCGACAGCAACUGCGAGCAUUUUGUUAAUCUUUGUCGAUACCACGAACCUCACAGUGCGCAGGCUGAAGCAGUGCAAAAGACUGGGCUCCGGUGUGGGAUCGGGGUUCUCGUGACAAUUGCUGUCUUGAUAUUCAUAUGUAAGUAUCUCAAGUUAGCUAACUGA